GCUUAGUCUCCGGGUCACAUGAUGCCUGUUAUGGCCGCCUCCGUGGCCUGGGGAGGCGUGAAUGCUGGGUUCCUGCUGCGGGCUGCCAGGGGUGCCUGGUGGUGCCGAUCCGGGGGCUUUUGGGGGUCCGGGGAGGCGGCGGCUCCUGCGAUAGCCAAGAAGUUCCGGGCGACAGGCUCGCGCCCGGCGGGGGAGGAAGAAGCCGGCUGUCCCGAGCGGCCUGGGGACGUAUUCCACCUGGUUCCUGUGCCCAUCAUCCAGUUCGUCAUCUGCACCCCGAUCUGUCCCCAGGGUGAACGUGGUGUUCGUAGACCGGUCAGGCCAACGGAUUCCGGUGAGCGGCAGAGUCGGGGACAAUGUUCUCUACCUGGCCCAGCGCCAUGGGGUGGAUCUGGAAGCCACACUGGCUUUCUUGCUCUUCUUCAAACAGCCCAGUUCAUGCCUGCCUCAGGGCCUUCACAUUUGCUGUUCCAUCAGAAGUGUUUUCCCACCAGAUCUUCUGGCUCCUUCUCAUCCUUCAGGUCCCGAUGGGCCUGUGAAGCCUCCCUGGCGUGCUCCACCUGCCACGUGUAUGUGAGCGAGGACCACCUGGACCUUCUGCCUCCUCCUGACGAGAGGGAGGACGACAUGCUGGACAUGGCCCCCCUCCUCCAAGAGAACUCCCGGCUGGGCUGCCAGAUUGUGCUGACACCUGCGCUGGAAGGGGCUGAAUUCACCCUGCCCAAGAUCACCAGGAACUUCUACGUGGACGGCCACGUCCCCAAGCCCCACUGACACAGGCAGCUGGAUGGUCCCAGACACUCACGGCCCCAGGGCCAGGACUGGAGGAAUAGCCAAGUUGCCAGCCCCGCCCAGAGCACGGGACAGGCCCGGGAGAGAUGGCGGAAGGAACCGGAAGGCCAGAACCCCUGCUUCAGAGAGAUCCCACGUCCAGGCUCUGGUGGGGACAGGGCCCCUGUUGGGGCAGCCUCCCCCAAACCCCUGAGAAUGGGGGUGUGGAUAGGGGUGGACUCUAAUCGGAGAGAUAAUAAAACCGUCUCACAGAC